CAUUUUAUUAUUAUCAUGGCUUUGCUGCUCCUCUCACGCCUUUUCUAUUUUCUAUAAUUUUUUUUUUUUAAACUUUAUGUGUGUUACGUGAUAAGGCAGUUUUUAAAAGUCCUUAUGUCUGACUGACCAUAAUUAAUUUCCCACGUUUUCAUCCGUGCAUUGUUCAAAGUAUCAAGAAAAAUCUCAACUUCGUCGAACCACCAAAACUUCUGCCCAAGACGAGCAACCGAGCAAUUUUGCUGCCUUUUGCAUUCAGUCAUUAGCGAGUACAUCUUUUAUUGUCUAUACCAUCAAUUUCAACCAUCAAUUUUCAUUGAAUUUCUAGACUUCAAACAGAAGAAAAGGAAACAGUAUGUGGAACCAGAGGGUUCAUCAAAUUUCUUGACACCGUACCCCAACACUCGCCUAGGAUUAUCCUCAAGGAUAAUAUCACCUAAAUGUUCAGUGCAAAAGGAUUCAUACGAAGAGUUUUAAAUUUGGCAGAUUGAUAUCACUCUGAAAAUGGCCACUGUCUCUGAAGACGUUUUGCUGCAGGUGGAAAGUGUGAGGUGCAAGAAGAAUGAAGGAACGCUUUACCUUAUGAGUGAACGCAUAGCUUUUAUGAUGGACCAUAGAGAUAUUGUUUCCGUCAGUCACCCUUACACGGACAUCAAGCAGCAGAAAAUAUCACCAGAAGGCAAGGCGAAAGUACAGCUCCAGUUGGUUCUUCAUUCCGGUGAAACUACAACAUUUCAAUUUUGUAAUAGUAAAGGGAUGGAUGCAUGUCUAGCGGAUAGGGAUAAAGUUAAAAACUUGUUGCUAAAUUUACUCCCAAAAUUUCAGAUGAAAGUUAAUAAAGAACUUGAAGAGAAAAGUAGACUGCUACGUAAUAAUCCAACUUUAAUGCAUCUGUAUAGGGAUCUAGUCAUGGCCAAAGUAAUGACUGCUGAUGAAUUCUGGUCUCAACACAGUGCCUUGUACGUAAAUAAACAAAAUACAACUAAGCCUCAGGCUAUCGGUGUGUCACCAGCAUUUUUGUCGGAUAUACGAUCAGAAACGGAUGGUUGCAAUGGCCUGAAAUAUAAAUUAACACCUGAUGUCAUUGAAUGUAUUUUUAAAGCAUAUCCAGCUGUUCACAAAAAGUACAUGGAAUGUGUUCCAAUGAAAGUGUCCGAAGCAGAGUUCUGGACCAAAUUUUUCCAAUCACACUAUUUUCAUAAGGAUCGAUUGCAUCCAGGUGGAGAGGAUAUUUUUGUAGAAUGUGGUAAAGUAGAUGAGCAAAAGUUUAAAGAAGAUUUAGCUGGUGGGAUUUCAGAUCCAACCGUGAAUCUCACACGGUUUGAUGAUGGCUGUGAAGAAGUAGUAGAGAAAAGUGGUAGUUCCUCCGAUAAUUUAGGCGUACACAAAGAACUUAUUCGUAGGUUUAAUCAGCAUUCUAUAAUGAUAAUGAAAGCAAACCAAAAGAAUCCAGACCCUGAAGCAAAAGAAAUUACCCGGUCAGAAGGUGGCCCUCCCUCCACCAAUUCAGACACUCCAACUAAAUUGAUCUGCCCCCUGAAUAGAGGUAUCAAUGGAGAUAGAAUUGAAUAUCCAGACUUAACCGAAGAGAAAAAAUCACAAGAUUCAAAUAUCACGUUUGUAAACUACAAGAACGUAUUGCAAGGGCUGGAAUCAACAUCAGCCUCCAAAUUAGAACUUAAAUUUAAAAAUGGCUCAGUAAAUAUGCACCAAAGAAAUGGCCACAGCAUUAAGCCUACAAGUUAUAGUAGAAAGCGAGCAAGGUUAGAACUAGAAAAAUGGAAAUAUCAUGCUGUGCCAGCUACAGCUUUAGUCAACCCCUCAUCAGCCGUCAGUGCGUUGGGAGAACUCACCCCUGGUGGCAUCCUAAUGAAAGGUCUACAAGAUAACUCUUUAGAACAGUCAAUACCCCCUCAAAUAGAAGCAGAACUUAGGACCUUAACCCGGUCGUUGAACGAGCUUUUACGACAUUUUUGGAAGUGCUUCCCUCCGCUGACAGCCAAUUUAGAACAAAAAGCUAUCAGAAUGCAUGAGGCUCUAAGAAGGUUUCAUGAAGUAAAAAUGAAACCAUUUGAGGAGCAAAUAGCCCGUAAACAUUCUCCUCUGUAUCUCAAAUUUACACGGCAUUUAAACACUCUGCUUGAGGUAGCGUAUAAUAAGUACAUAACUUGGAGUACAAAGCAUAAAGUUGGUUGACCCUCAGAGUUUGUCGAGGAAACAUUGUUUGUGUGUUGAAAUGUUGAAACAUUGCUCACUCUAAUACUGAUAAUUUGAUGAUUUAUAUCAAAAGGUCUUUUACCAUCAACAUCAUCCCUCUUGCUCUUUUUCCAAGAUUUUAAACUGAAGUUGAUAUUAUUGAAGUCGUUAAUUUUGGGAGGUAUUUAUGUAUUAGGCGCUACAAUGGAUAAUAAUCUAAAUCGGCAGAAUUAUGUCCAUCAUGUAAUAAAUACAAAUAUGAAGAAUUCUCUAUCCGAGUAGAAGAUUACCAAGAAUUGUACAACUAAACGUUACACCAGAUUACUAUUAUGCCUGAGUUCACUCUAUGUUUUAAGUAUCAGAUAACCACAGAGGGAUGUUCUUUGACAUUGGAUGUUGGCCUCAUCAUGCAAAAAAAAAUCAGAAUAUUUGUAAUAUUUCAUUCUUUGAUGAGGGUAUUUUUACAGCACCAUUUAAGAUUACUUAUUAAGGAAGGUAUGUGUAUUAAUUCGCAAACUGAAGGCAGAAUGAGCUCUGGACAUGGAUAUCGGAGGAGGUAAUGUUCUGUAACAUCUAUGCUUGAGUUAGUCCAUGAAAAAUGAGGUUAUAAGUAAAAAUAAGGCUCUUAACGCCCUAAGCAAUGAAAUGAAGGUUAAAUACAGGAAGAGUUUAUCCAGGGGCCAGUGAUUUUCUGUGAUUUUCAUAUUAUCAGCGAUCCGAAGCAACAAAUGCUUUCACAGUUUUUACCCUUUCCACAGAAAUUGAUGACUUUUUUUCUUUCUUUCUUUCUUUUGGGUAAACUGUGGAUGACUUCCACACUACAAUUUUUAAAUUUGAAGUGGCAACCACAAUUUUUGCAGUUUUCACACAGUUAACGAAAAGAGUGGAAACACUGACAGUACAACUGUGGAAGUCUUCCACAGUUUUUUCAAUUUUAAGCAACAAUCGCGAUUUUCGCACGACCCAGAAGAAAAAAAAAUCCGAGGGUUUACCACAAAAACAGUGAUCCUAGGAUCGCAUGAUCUAAGAUAUUAUCAACUCCCAUUCCUCAAUCGGUUGAAAAUAAGAUUAGAAAUGAAUGCCCACUACAACAUUGAAGAAUUUUUAGAUGAUUCAAUUCAAUUUUUUUUUUGUAAUCUUGUAAAUGCAUCGGCAAAUGUUCUUUUGCAAUUAUUAAACUUGUAAACUUCAGGGUGUAGGAAAUGAUUGAGCGAUGAGGUAACAUUUCAAUAAAAACCCGUUUUCCUCCCUCUCGGCAAAAAAUGAGAAAAAGCUCGCGAUUUUAACUUUUUCGGCUUGAAGCACACUGUUGACUUUUUUGCAAAGUGAGAAAAUUUUAAGGCUGUGAUUACAACUAAUUUUCGCUCUGAAGAACUAACUAUCUGUACCCUCAUGUACUCUUGGUACAUGUAAAACCAUUUUUUAUUCAUAAAAUUGUAAUUUGUAAGCAGGGACAAUAUGAAAGACUGAGUCUUAUGAAUUCAUCCAUGUUGCUUUUUACAAAUUACAACUUGGCAUCUACAGUAGACUCAGUAGAUAUAAUUGAAGCCUUCCAAAGCAAGAGCCCAGAAAAAAAAUUGUCUAAUAAUUUGUAAGUUUCCUUUGUCCUCCUUAAUUUAAGGCUCCUAUUUUUACUGUUACUGUAAAUUUUUCAUCGAAUAAAACUUGUAACAAAUGUUGUCUAUAA